CCCGCCUUGCGGUGGGACGUUAAUAUGCAUAUUCAUAAGAUGGGCGGGACACAGCGCGCGAGUUUAUAAGCCGCCGCCCCGCCAGCCUCGGCGUACAUCGCGCUGAAGCUUUGAAGUGCUGUGUGGAUCUCGCACCUCCAGGGCACCGGUCACAAUGGCAUCAGAUGAGGGAAAGCUCUUUGUCGGCGGACUGAGUUUUGACACCAAUGAGCAGUCAUUGGAGCAAGUCUUCUCUAAAUACGGACAAAUUUCUGAAGUUGUUGUGGUGAAAGACAGAGAGACUCAGAGAUCCAGAGGUUUUGGCUUUGUUACUUUUGAAAACAUAGAUGAUGCUAAAGACGCAAUGAUGGCCAUGAACGGAAAGUCUGUGGACGGGCGUCAGAUCAGAGUUGAUCAGGCUGGAAAAUCAUCAGAGAACAGAUCUCGUGGAUACAGAGGGGGGUCUUCUGGGGGCAGAGGCUUUUUCCGUGGGGGCAGAGGUCGGGGCCGUGGCUUCUCCAGAGGAGGUGGUGAAAGAGGCUAUGGCGGAAGCAGAUUUGAUUCCAGAAGUGGAGGAUAUAAUGGCUCCAGAGACUACUAUAAUAGCAGCAGGAGUCAAGGUGGCUAUGGCGACAGGUCUUCAGGAGGAUCCUACAGAGACAGCUACGACAGUUACGCUACACACAACGAGUAAAAAUCCUUCCUGACUCAAGAUCGUCCUUCCAAUGGCUGUAUUUAUAAAGAUUUUUGGAGCUUCGCUGAAAUCGUUAUUGUGUAGUACAUCUCCUUGUAUUUUCACUUUUGUAGUAUUAUCAGUUCUAAUCUUGUCAAAACACAGCCUGACAGCUUCUGAUAUAAGAUGGUCUAAUUAGACUUUUCUUUAAGAAAGCUCUGCUUUCAAGUGUUUUUAAUCUUUUUUGAAAGCACUUCAGAUUUUAUUUUAUCCUUCAUGAUGAGCCAAGGUGUUUUUUUUUAAAGUUGUGAAGUUGGGGCCCCAAUUCAGUUUCUUUUGAGAUAGAAAGGACCUUUAAUUCAAUGUUCACUGGAAGCUGAACAAGCUGUGGACUUUUUUUUUUUAAGUGCAUUACCUUCGUCUUUUGUAACAUUCCUUUAGUGUAGCAAGGUAGGAAUGCAGCCUGGGUACAAAUUGGAAGGCAAACCACCUUGAUAUAUCUAAAGAGAAACUUGCUUGUAUGUUCAACCCGCAUAACGGUAUUUUUACUGUUGUAAUGAUGUAAAUUACCCAGAAAUAGACUUGCAAACUUACCAUAAAAGAGGUUCUUGAAAAAUGUUUAUUUAUAUUGUCCUUUUUUACUGGAAGAAAUAUGCAUAUUCCAUUGAUAUUGUAUUUGAAGUGGUAAAGGAUUCUUGUAUACAGUUUUCUUUGGCUUUACGAAGCCUAUUAAAAGACCGUCUGAAAUGAA